AGACCUUAAUUUAGAAGAGAGCGCACCCCUCUCGUUCCUACUGCGCCCUCCCUCCAGUAACACUUCGAAUGAAAAAGGUCGCGUACUUAAGCAGUGUGCGCAGUUUAUUUUGUGUCUAAUAAUGUAUGUUCAUGCUGAUGUUUUGACGGGAGACUGUCGUAAAGACAUGAGCAUGCUGUUGAUUCGUCUGUUUUGGAUCUUCACGCAGUAUGCAGCCUCCUUUACAGUCACAGUACCAUCCAGUCCUGUUCUUGUGGUGCGUGGACAGACUGCUUUUCUGCCUUGUGAAUUCGUGUCAGACCAGAACCUCACAAAUUUGGUGAUCACCUGGCAACGGCUGGAAGACACACGAGUGGUCCACAGCUAUUACUACCAGAGGGACCAGCUAGACCGACAAAGCCCAGAUUACCGUAACCGUACAAAGUUAAAUCACAACCUCAUUUUGGAAGGAAAUGCUUCCCUGAGUAUAGCCAAUUUUGGAAUGAAGGAUGCAGGCAACUAUGAGUGCAUAGUGAGCAACACCAAAGGAACUGAUAGAGGAGUUGUGCAGCUGGUCUAUGCAGCCUUCUACUCAGAGCCAAGGUUAAGCAUCCAUCUAAACUCCACUGAUGUCACCGUCCAGUAUGAGACGGAGGGCUACCCUAAACCAGAAGUCAUGUGGCUGGGGUCAGGGGAUCAGGAUCUCACUUACCAUCAAGAGGUCUCUUCUACCUUAGAUGAAGGACUCUACUUCUUAAGAAGCAGUUAUGUGACCCAGAAUCCAGCAUUCAAUGUCACCUUCUUUCUGAAAAAUCCUGUUGCCCAUCAGGAACUCCAGAGGCAUGUCAUCUUCAACUUUGAUGGGAACACAAGCUCCAAUAUAUCAGUUGUGCUUCUCUCCAUACUCUGUACUCUCCUCCUGUGCUCCACUGGCGUGCUAUUAUGGCUGUACUGCCAAGAAAAGAGAUGACCUUGUAUGUUACUGGACACGUCUACAGCAUUAUGGUCAUGAUUUAUGAAUGCUAACCUAUCUAGAAACUACUAAAAUCUUUAUUUAAUAUGUUUUGUAUUUCGUUUAAUUACAGCUUUUAUUGUAUUUUAUUGCUGCUCUACCAGACUAUAUGUAAAUUAGGUGUGGAAGAUGACCUCAAAUGCAGUUAAAGGUGUAUUGUGUAAUUUCAGCGCCACUAGUGGCACCAAAUAGAGCUGUUCAGGUUGUAGUCCAAAAAAACGAUAAUGAUAUUAAACGAUAAUUUAUGUUGUAGAAAAAAAUAUGUCCACGUAUAAUGUUUACCACAGAUCUUAUUUGACUCAUAAGUUAAAAACCCCAUUAUAAAAAUCCAGAGGGAGCCCAUGGUGAAUUAGACUUGGGUUUGCCUGCAAAUUGACAUCACGUCUGAACAGCUCUAAUUGUAGACUUGGCCGAACAUGACAACAUUGGUUUAACCAAUUGGGACUUCCUUUUUAUUGAAAAAAGACAAAUGGGGUGAGCAUUUAUUUUUCAUUAUUUUUGCAAUUGCAUUUGGUGCCUCUAGUGGUGCAGACUUUACAAACUUAAAGGUACAGCACUGAAAGUUCAGUGAAGACUAACACUGAUGAAGAAGUAUAAGAGAACCACUGGUUGAAUUGUUGUGAGAUUAAUGUGUCACCCACACUUGUUUUAAAAUUUAAAAGAAAAGGUUUUUUAUUUUACACACAGGCUUGCCAGAUAAGCUCAGUAUUGCUGUUACUUGAUAGUCAACAUUAUGAAAUUAGAUUUUAGAGAUGCGAUUCUUUUUUUAUUUCAUUGAACAUUAACCUCAUUACAAAAAUUAACAAACCAGUGCAUAACUGAUUUUGACUGAAAAUGUAAAGCUUGUUCUUUUUUAAUGUUUUAUGCAGUUUAAUUGAAAUACUAAACAAUGAAAAUUAUUACCUAUGUAAAUACAUUUGCAUUUCAACAGUGUACAAAAUACAUCGCCCACAUGUUAAGGAACUAUCUUUUAAAACAAUGUCAUUUAAAUUGAAGUUUAUUUCCCUUUUUUUUUUUUUUUUAAAUAUCGAUAAUAACGAAGAUCUCUGGUUUCUCCUUGUCAUGUACCUGCAUGGCAGAGUAGAUGAUUGCUUUCACUUCUGUGCCCUGUGAGAAAUGGAGAACAUAGACAUCUUGAAAUUCCUAAAGGGGUCAUAUCAUGAAGAAUCAUAUUUUCCUUGAAAUUUUUUUUUUUUUUUUUUUUUUCAGUGAAGAUAAAUUUCACUGUGCUAAGUAUAAAUACUCUAACUUAAAGGAUUCAAAACUUCCUCCCCAGUUCAAAAACACUAUUUAUAAGGGAUGCCCCAGUACGAUACUGAUCCUGCACUCAUGUACUUGUACUUGUGCUCGAGAAAAUGCUCAGAUACCAAAAACCGAUACCAUCUGAUGUACAGAUGUCAUUAUGUAAAUUUUAAGUGCACAAAUUACUAUCACGAUAUGUCCUUGUAUGAUUAUUAAACCGCAAGGCUGUGAUUUAAUGAGAUAAAUAUAUAGUUUGCAUGUGCUGCAUGCUUCAGAGUAAAUAGAUCUUGUUUUAAGAAUGUUUGAAUGUCAAUGUGAAGCCGGCUGCUCAUACCAAGGAGCUCUAAAGCACAGUCAUGAGCAUUGCAUGCUCAAUUUGUAGCAGAUGACAGCGAGCAGAGCACUAAUUCACUAUGUUUCACUAAUUCAUUUUUCCCCCCUGUGUGGUUCUUUAUAAAAGCGCUUCAUUUGAUAAACAUAAUGCAAUAUUAUAUAUAUAUAUAUAAAAAAAAUAAAACAAAAUCUAUUUUUAUUUGAUUACAGUUUUAACAAAUUAAUUUAUUUAGACCCCAUUCUGAUGAUUAAAUUGAAAUAAACUGCUGAAUAUGGAAUUUAGAAAAACAAAAACAAACAUAUAUCUGUAUCAGUAAUCAUCCUCGUUCUUCAAAAUAUGGUAUCAGGACAUCCCUACUAUUUAUUGGAAAUAAGCUGCAGAAACUGAGGAGAAAUGUAAUUCUACGAUUAAAUCUUCAGUUAGAAACUUUCUCAUGAGCUCUAUUAUUUGUAAAACCAAAUGGACUGAAAUUGUUUAAUGUUCCACUAUCAAUUUUGAUAAAUAAUAUAUAGAGAUAAAAAGGGCCAGCCAAAUAUUUGUUUUAUAUAUAUAUAUUAUUUCAUAACAUUAUGUAAUCAAUAGCCGCUUUUACACGUACAAACUUUUCCAUUAAUAGCAAUUUUACAAAUAAAAUUGCGAAUUAAAAUUUAUGAAUAAAUUUUGUUUCGUCAGGGUACAUGGUUACUUUUCAAAACUUGAUCUGACACUGAAUGCUCAAGCAGUCUAAUUUACACUUAGAAAACUCCUGAUGUUGUUAUAACAAUGCAAAAAGCACUUACCUAUUUGCUUUGAAAAUCAAGUGAAAAUCAGCCCUCAUUUCCUGUUUAAUUAAUCAAUCGCACGAUCAUGCAGAACAUCUUGUGUUUUUAAAUCCAUAAGGAUCUCUUUCUCAAUGGUGAUGACCGUCGACUCGUCAGCAAGAUCUCACGCUCUUCGCUUUCAAAUUACGUACAUCACUUAAAGCGUGAUUGCGUCACUCAAGGCCAGCUAGAAGGCCUCGACUGGGAAAUAUCUUAAAGAUCACAAGAAUACCUCAAUCUGAUUGGCUGAUGAAUCUGACAAUCUGACUUUAGUUUCUCAUUCAUUUGCACUGUCUGUGGAAAUUCUGAAGGCCUGAUGGGGUGGAGCUCAGACUCAGCACUGCUUCGGCUAACAAGCUCGGCUUUGGGCAUGUGAUUUGUGAAAUAGUUGUCACACUUUGCUUGUAAGCAUCAAGGAAUAAAUUCUAAUUGGUUAAA